AUGGAAAAAAAGUUUCAAAUCCGAAUUCCCAAAUUCAGCGGUGGACCCACUGCUGAGGAGUUACUUGAUUGGAUAGUUACAGUUGAGGAGAUUUUGGAAUUCAAACAUGUCCCGUUGAACCAAUGUGUUCCUGUCGUUGCAAUGCAAUUUCGCAAUCGCGCCGCAGCCUGGUGGACACAGCUCAAAACAACAAGAACGCGUCUGAACAAACCCAAGAUCGUCACUUGGGAUAAACUAAAAAAACAUCUAAAGAAGACUUUCUUGCCCUAUAACUAUGAACACCUUAUGUUUCAGAAACUUCAACAUUUACGUCAAGGCAACCGAACAGUGGAAGAAUAUGCCACUGAAUUCUUUUUGCUUCUAAACCGGAUCGAUCUCCAUGAUUCGGAACACCAAAUUGUAGCUCGGUUUAUUGGCGGCCUUCGACAGCAAAUUCAACAUACUCUGAACUUGUUUAAUCCUCUUACCAUUGCUGAGGCUCACCAACAAGCUUUAACAGUUGAAGCUCAAAAUAAAACAACUUCCUCACCGUGGAGCGCAAACCGACAACAACGAUCGUCACCAACCACCAACGCGGCGACUGCUGCGACUCUGCCCGUCAACCCUCUAACGGACACAGCAAUUGUUCCGGUUGAACAAAAUCGCCCUAACCGCACGACCACACUACGAUGUUUCGCUUGUGGUGAACUUGGUCACAGGCAAUCUGCUUGUCCAACAAGGAACCGCCGAGGCUUACUUCUUGACUCAACAGGUCGGGAUGUAGAAAUAGAAUUUGAAGAAGUCUUAGACGACGAACCAGAAGAACUCGAUGCUGACACCGGUGUGUCUCUAAUGCUUCGACGAUCAUGCCUUGCUCCACGUCUGCAGCCAGAUUUUCCCCAACGCAACAAUCUCUUUCACUCUCGUUGUACGAUUGCAGGAAAAGUAUGUAGCCUUAUUAUCGACUCCGGCAGUAGUGAGAAUGUCAUCGCGGCAGAUGCCGUCGCCAAGCUAUCUCUUCAAGAAGAAAAACACCCUACUCCUUACAAGCUUGCUUGGCUUCAACAAAAAAAGGACGUCCUCAUCACCCGACGCGCCUUGGUUGCAUUCUCAAUUGGUAAUGCUUAUCAUGAUCAACUUUAUUGUGACGUGGUUCCAAUGGACGCAUGCCACUUACUUCUUGGAUUUCCAUGGGAAUUUGAUCGACGCGUCCUCCAUGAUGGUUUUCUCAACACCUACAGCUUCAAAUACAACAACCGUAACUUCACAUUGAAGCCUUUUCUACCCCAUCAAACAUCAACACCACCACCAACACCAACACCAUCUCCCACACCCGCCCCCCUGUUAAUACUUCAUAAAAAAUCUUUUGAAACAGCAAUGCGUACGGAAGACGUUGUGUUCAUCUUAACGGUGACGCCAUCCUCGUCACCGAUAACUCCAAAAGUCUCUCCUGAGUUUUCUAUACUUCUUCAAGAAUUUGCUGAUGUCUUCCCAGAAGAUUUGCCUCCAGGAUUGCCUCCACUACGGGAUAUCCAGCAUCAAAUUGAUCUAGUCCCAGACGCUAAUCUACCAAACCGUCCGCACUACCGUAUGAGCCCCACAGAACAUGAAGAGUUGCGCAAACAGGUUGAGGAACUUGUCGUUAAAGGAUUCUUACGUGAAAGUAUGAGUCCUUGUGCCAUACCAGCCCUUCUAAUUCCCAAGAAAGAUGGCUCUUGGCGCAUGUGCGUUGACAGCCGUGCAGUAAACAAAAUCACAGUCCGUUACCGUUUUCCGAUGCCACGACUUGACGACCUUCUAGAUCAAAUUGGUACAGCUUUCAUCAGAUUCGCAUUCAACAAGGAGAUGAGUGGAAAACAGCUUUCAAAACACGGGAAGGCUCUACGACCUUUUAUUGGGAAAUUCGUCGUGGUCUACUUCGAUGAUAUUUUGAGUUUCAGUCUAACGCUUGAGGAACAUCUUCUUCACUUACGUGAGGUCCUUCUUGUUCUCUGUCGCGAUAAACUCUUUGCAACCAUAAAAAAAUGCGAGUUCGGUUCAUCCCAAGUACACUUCUUGGGGUAUAUCGUCUCUACUUCUGGUCUCUCCGUGGUUCCUGCGAAAGUCUCGGCAAUUCAGUCUUGGCCAGAGCCUAGCACGAUCUCUGAAGCUCGGAGUUUUCACGGUCUUGCAUCCUUUUAUCGCCGGUUCGUUCCUCAGUUUAGCGCCAUUAUGGCUCCAUUAACGAACUGUAUUCGUGAUGGUACAUUGACAUGGACUUCGGAAGCCGCAAGUGCCUUCCACGCGAUCAAAGACAAGUUAACGUCGGCCCCCAUCUUUUCUCUUCCCGAUUUUACUUCAGUCUUUGAACUCCAUUGUGAUGCCUCUAAAACGGGAAUUGGUGCAGUUCUCAUCCAACAUAAACGACCUAUUGCAUUCUUUAGUGAAAAGAUUUCUGGUGCCCGCUUCAGAUACAGUACGUAUUACAUCGAGUUCUAUGCUAUCAUACAAGCAGUCAAACAUUGGCGCCAUUACUUGUUUCAUAAAGAAUUCAUCCUCUACACUGAUCACGACGCGCUAAACCUCUCGCCAUGCUUCUUGGAUAUCUUAUCUACAGCAGUUUACUUUUGUCAUUAA